AUGAAUAGUCUCUAUCUGUUGAUGCUGCUAGUAGCGCUAGCAUCGAGCGGUCCAGCAGGUGACUUUAAUGUCCCGGUAAAUGCCAAGCAAAAACGUGGAGAGCUAGGAUUUGCCACGCGCCCGUACAAAGAAGUUGGGGAUCGGUUCCGCAACUACAACCGGAAAGUGAACAAAACGCAUCCGUUCGAGAUGGGCAUAGGAUAUUACUACCAAUAUGACAUUAUGCUGAAACCAGAUUUCCAGCAGAAUGCAGUAUCUGCUAGCACUACAAACCGUUGGCCGAACGCUGUUGUAUCUUAUCAGAUUAUUGGAACCUUCAACAACAGCCAGACAGGAUGUUGGUCUUAUGUGGGUCGGAGCUUGGACAAUACAUAUAACUUGGUGAAUCUGCACUCUCCCGAUUGCACGGAACCCGCUACGGUUGCUCAUGAGUUUACGCACGCAAUUGGAUUCUAUCACGAGUUCAUGCGUCCUGAUCGCGACACCUACAUAACGGUCAACACAUCUGCCUUACUGCCGCAAUAUCAGACAACAUCGUUUUACAAUGCAAAUUUCGCCAAAUACUCGGCGAACCAGGUUGAAUUAUAUGGAAUCCCGUACUAUUAUGGUAGUGUCAUGCACUACUCGAAAUAUGCAGGAGCUGCCAACUACAAAUAUCCAGUCAUGAAUAAUUUGAAACCAUGGAACGGAGAUUUCGGUAACAGUACUGGACUGUCUGCUCCGGAUAUUUUGGCAAUCAAUUACAUGUAUUGCAAUUCGACAACCACCACGACCACUAAAGCUCCAACAACAACAACAAAACCUACGACGACAACAACCAAAGUCACCGCAAAGACAACUUUAAAAUUUGUGAGUAUAUUGAGCUCUAAACAUCAGUGAUUUCUAUUUUUUUCAACGGAAAAAAGCAUGUUUAAACAUGAAUGGUACUUCAUGAAUUUAUCAGUCCUACUUCAUGAAUUUAUCAUAAAAAGUAGGAGGGUGGUAUUCCAGACACGACCGCAUGACGUUGGAC